AUGUAAUCUUAAUCAAUAUUGACUCCAACAACUUAAUUUAAGCUAGCUUAAGUAAUAUAAGCUAUAGCAUAAAAUAAAUUAUUAAGUUAAAAAAAAACAAUUAAUAGCUUAAAUUCAAAUUUUCGAUCUUGAAGAAGGUUCAAAAUUAAGCUAAUAGAUAUUAUUUCUAAGAAUAGACUAAAGGAGAAUUAAAUUGCAAGGUUAUUCUGAUAUCCUUGAAUAUUUGUAGAAUAAUAAGAUUUCACAUUCUUAGUUUUAAGUUGCUUGCUUAUUUAAGAAAAUAGAUAGGGAUAGAGAUGUAUGAAUAAAAUUAGCAGAGUAACAUAAAAUUAUAAUUAAAGUUUUAUUAAUAUCUAAUAACAAAAUUAAAUUUAAGUAUCAUCAGAGAUAUAGUAAAACAUACCUAAUAGAUGUUGCAAUACUAUUACCAACCGUUGAAAUAGCACUUAAAGAUGUAUUUUUUUAUUGGGGAUUGAGAACUAAAAAGUAAUAAAUGUACACAAGAUAGAUUGUUGUUGGUGAAUUUUUUAAACUUUUCUACAUUAGCAGCUUUUAAGACAUCAGAUUUAUUUAAUUUACGUUAUUUAACAAAAGAAAUAUUAUCAUUUUCAUUUUUUGAUACAGUAGAUCUAGAUUAUAAUGGAAAAAUAUCUUCUAUUAAAUUUGUUGCAAUACGUUUCAUGAAGCCUUUACUUUAUAGAAAAGCUUUAAUAAAUUUAAGACAGAUGCUUAUAAACAAAUAAAAUUGA